GCUGCGCGCAAUACAUGCCACAAAUUUCAGCAGGGUGCGAUGGCAAACGUGUUUCCAUAUCAUUCAACCAAUGUUUUAGGCCCAAGCCUAAAACUGGCUGCAGCAUGGAAUGCGCAAGCCCGACCAUUCAGCUAGCAGGUGGCUGGUCUAGAUUUGCCAGCGAUGCCGCUCCCGCUUUGCCUGAGCAACGCCUGCUGCCAACUGCCAAUCUUUUGAAGGCGAUGACAAGUUUCCGUGGCAUAGCUCUUCUAUUCAUUUUGCUCGCGAAUGUCAUUUGCGCAAAUUUCUGUCAUCCAGAUUUUGGCAUACAGCAGCACGACGAGUGGAAACCAUACCUAGUUGCCAGUUGCACACUCUUUGGUAUUGUCUUGAUUGCUGAUGGCCUGCCUGCAGAUGCAGUGCUUCUUGGACUGUCAGUAUUGUUUGUCCUAAGUGGGGUCAUCACAGAACGUCAAGCUUUCGCCGGAUUUGCAAGCCCUGGGGUAGCUGCAUAUGCCGCUCUUUUCAUUCUCUCGGAGGCAUUUGCAGAGGUAAAGAUUCUGGACUCGGUGGUUUUUCGGAUCCUAGGGCACCCGGCUGGCCUUAGAAUGGCGCAAUGUCGGAUCACCAUCCCGGUGGCCAUCGCCUCAGCCAUUUUCAACAAUGGUCCGCUGGUUGCCAUGCUUGUGCCCGUGGUGCAAGCAUGGGCCCAGCGUCACGGGCAUGCAUCUGGACAGCUUUUGAUGCCUCUUGCGUUUGCAUCCACACUAGGCGGAACACUCACGAUGAUUGGCUCAGCUGCCAACUUGUUGGCGCAAGAUUGCGCUCGAGAAUUGCCUACGCCUGUUGAACUGUCUUUCUUUUCGCUCACUCCGUACUCCCUUCCGCUCAGUAUGGUUGGCAUUGGCUACAUGCUUGCUGCAGCUCGCUGGCUUCUCCCACGGCUUUGCCAAGACUCUUUGGACAAAGAUCCAAAGUACCAACGCAGUCCAAUUCGGGGAGACCAAGAGCUGCUUCUUGACAUUGAGGAACCAUUUGCCGCUGAAUUGCGUCACUUCCAAAUCCUUUUCGUGGUCCGUCGCAGGUGCCCUUCCAUAGGAAGCACACUUCAAGAACUUGGAUUUUCCCGGUUGCCAGAUGCACGCGCUUUGGGUUUGCAUCGCGCUGGUGAAGUACUUCAAAAUACAUUUCACACACCUUUGGCUCAUGGAGAUGUAUUGAAAAUGACUGCAUCUGCUGCUAGCAUUGCCCGGCUUCGGAGAAGUUAUGACGGACUUGAGCCAGCUGUGUUUCGAGAUUUGGAGGGUCUGGGUGGUCGGAGAAGGCACCGGCGACUCUUUGAGGUGGUUGUGGCAGAUUCCAGCUUGGUACAGUUGCAGUCACUGGCAGAGCAGAAGGCAAAACUGUUUCAAAAAGGUUGCGUGAUCCUCGCAAUCCGUCAUGACAAAGGCAGCCUUGACGUUUCUCCAAAUCGAAUUGUUGCCGGGCAGAUCUUGCUUCUGGAAGCUUUUCCUGGAAUGGCUGACAGGAUGGCAGACUUUUCGGUGAUUGCCCCUGUGGAGGCUUCCAAACCUCCAAGGCAAGGGAAGCAGCAGGACCGAAUGCGAGGGAUGCUUUGCUUGAUGGGCUUCUUCACAGUCAUCGUGCUGAAUGGCUUCAGCAUACUUCCUUUGGCCACGGCAGUGCUUUUCUUGGACUUCCUUUGCUGCUUUGCGAAGGUGUUGGGCUGGCGAGAGGCAGUGCAAUCCGUCAACGGGGGCGUAGUUAUGACCAUUGCGGCCUCCUUUGGGAUUUCAGCAGCGCUAACCCAGACAGGGGUAGCACAUGCACUUGCCAACGCUUUACUUGGACUUGGUUUGGGAUUUGGUCCGUUCGGGGUGCUCUGUAUGGUUUACAUUGGAGCAGCCUUUCUCACCAACAUUAUUAGCAACACAGCCACUUGUGUGAUGAUGAUUCCGGUGGCUGCUCACAUAUCAGAGGAGCUGCAAGAAACCAUGUGCCAACUGAGCGUAAAGACCCUGCUUGUGACUGUCGUGCUCGCGUCCAACGCAGCUUUUGCAACACCUUUGGGAUCUCCUUGCAAUAUCCUUGUGGUCGAUGCCGGUGAUUACGAUUUCCGAGACUUUCUGCGUUUUGGAGGGCUGCUACAAAUCGUUAUGAUGUUGUCCACCUGUAGCCUGCUGUAUGCGUGUCCGUGUGCAUAGCAGCAUAGCGCAAUCGCAAGCAUGCUGAAAAAUGUGUUUUACUUUGUUCUUUGGGAUUGAGUGGGUUGCAGCUUGCGCGCAUGCCUUGCGUUUGGUGCCUCCAUGUCCAUCCUGUUCCGGCAGCACCAGCUCAAUAGCUUAAGGAGUC